UUUAACUGUUCUUCACGAGAAAGAGUCAUCACACGUACAAACUACCAGAACAAUACAAGCAAUAACAAUAACCUUAAUGCAACAUUGCAACAAAGAGAACUGUUGCUAGACUCCCCAGUCCCCAUGCUAGGCCAUCAUAGUGAAGCUCAAUUUUGGCAAUUCUUGAUCUCUCUUUCUCUCUCUCAAAUUGGCACACUUCUUUCUCCAUUCUAAUGCAGUAAUACUCUAAUCAUUUUAAUGUCUAUUGUGAUUGAUGAGAGAACAAUAACAUAAGUUUCACUCCCCAAAGCCCAAACACCACCAUCUUCUCCACACCAUGAAGAAGCUGUUCCUCCUUGGCACCUGGAAGCGCAACCGCUGGAAGCAAAGGUUCCGACUUUUCACCACCCUUUUGGAAGAUUUGGAUACCGCUCGUCUCCGUCACGUGAUCGCCACCAACAUUUCCAUUAGCAGGAGAGUUAAAUCCGGCGAACUUGAAUUAGCACGCCACCUGUUCGACGAAAUGCCGCUUCGAACUGUUUCCACUUGGAAUACUAUGAUUUCCGGAUAUUCGCAAUGGGGCUGCUACGUUGAAGCUCUGGCCCUUGCUUCCCUCAUGCACCACUCUUGCGUCAAGCUUGACGAGGUCUCUUUCUCUUCGGUGUUGAGCGCAUGCUCACGUUCUGGGACACUGGUUCAUGGGAAGCAAGUUCAUUCAUUGCUUUUGAGGUCUGGGUACGAGAGAUUUGGCAUUGUGGGGAGUACUUUGUUGUAUUUUUACACUCAUUGUUCUGGAAUUGGAGAAGCUGAGGUAGUUUUUAAGGAGCUUCAUGGCGGGAAUGAUGUGUUAUGGAGCCUGAUGCUUGCGGGUUAUGUGCAGCGUGACAUGAUGGGUGAGGCUCUGGACAUGUUUGAAAAGAUGCCUGAUCGUGAUGUUGUGGCCUGGACCACGUUGAUCUCUGGGUAUGCGAAGAGGGAAGAUGGGUGUGAGAGGCCUUUGGAUUUGUUUUGGUGUAUGAGGAGUUCUGGGGUGUUGCCUAAUGAGGUCACGUUGUGCACUGUUGUGAGAGUUUGCACUAGACUGAGGGCUCUUUGGCAGGGGAAGGUUGUUCAUGGGCAUUGCAUCAAGGAAGGGUUUGCUUUUGAUAAUGCGAUUGGUGGUGGGUUGAUUGAGUUUUAUUGUGAUUGUGAAGCCAUAGAUGAUGCCAAGAGAGUUCAUGAGAGCAUGAGAGGAGAAACUUAUUUGAAUCUGACUAACUCGUUGAUUGGUUGCCUUAUCUCCGCGGGAAAGAUUGAAGAAGCUGAGAUGAUAUUUUACAGGUUGAGAGAGACGAAUCACGUAUCAUAUAAUUUGAUGAUUAAAGGUUAUUCUAUGAGUGGUCAUUUUGAGAAGUCAAAAAAAUUAUUCAAUCAAAUGAGUCUCAAGGAUAUAACUUCCUUAAAUACUAUGAUAUCUGUGUACUCCAAAAACGGUGACCUUGAUGAAGCUGUGAGGCUUUUUGACAAAACUAAAGAUCAGAAAAACCCUGUGACAUGGAAUUCAAUGAUGUCUGGUUAUAUUCAAAAUGGCCAGUACAUGAAGGCAUUAAAAUUAUACGUGAUGAUGCGUAGGUUAUCAGUUGAUUAUAGCAGAUCGACGUUUUCUGUCUUAUUUCGUGCAUGUUCGUCUCUAGGUUCUUUUCAACAAGGACGGUUGCUUCAUGGCCACUUAACCAAGACACCGUUCCAAGCAAAUGUUUAUGUUGGGACUGCCCUUAUAGACUUAUACUCCAAAUGUGGUCGCUUGGCUGAUGCUCAAAGGUCAUUCCUCAGCAUUUUUUCACCCAAUGUAGCCGCAUGGACAGCUCUUAUCAAUGGGUAUGCAUAUCAUGGACUUGGAUCCGAGGCAAUUUUACUCUUUCAUUCGAUGUUAGUUCAAGGAAUUGUGCCAAACGCUGCUACUUUUGUUGGCAUUCUUUCUGCCUGCUCUCAUGCUGGUCUAGUUGAUGAAGGUUUGAAAAUCUUCCACUCGAUGGAGGAACUUUACAAGGUAACCCCAAGCAUAGAACAUUACACAUGUGUGGUGUAUCUUCUUGGUCGAUCAGGCUAUGUAAGAGAAGCUGAAGAGUUUAUUAGAAAGAUGCCUAUUGAAGCCGAUGGGGUGAUUUGGGGAGCUUUACUGCAUGCAUGUUGGUUCUGGAAGGACAUGGAAGUAGGGGAGAAAGCUGCUGAAAAGUCGUUCAGCUUGGAUCCGAACCCAACAGUGCCUUUGGUAAUUCUGUCAAAUAUGUAUGCGGUGCUAGGUAGAUGGGGGCAGAAGUCAAUUCUUAGGAAGAGAUUGCAGAGUUUAAAAUUGAGAAAAGAUCCAGGGUGCAGCUGGAUUGAAUUGAACAACAAUAUUCAUCUGUUCUCUGUAGAGGAUAAAACACAUCCUUAUUCUGAUGUUAUUUAUGCAACUGUAGAGCAUUUAGCAGCAACCGUUAAUUCUGUCAUACCCUUCAAUUAUCUCUAUAUCAGCAACAGCAAACAUCAUGGAUAAUGCAAAGCUGCAAACUGCAGAUCCUAUGUUACAUCAGAUUUGGCCACUGAACUGAAUAUUUCUCUUGAGAGACCAUUGAGCUUUAACUAUUUUAGCAUCAAUCAUGCGAAGGAUCAACAUACCACGGUUUGCCUCUAAAGCAAUAAUGAAAUUACUUGAUUGUGUUCAUCAUUUAACAUAUUUUAUGCUUUCAUCAGAAGUAGCUGAUGUGAGUGAGGGAGAACAAACCAGCUACCAUUAAAGGUUUUACUGCUGAAUCUCAUUGCCUCAUAGGGUUCUUUAACACUUCAAUCUGAAAACGACAGCAAUUGGAAAAAUCCAGCAUGGGGCCUGUGAUUUCCUUUUAACUUCUAUGAAUACUAUCUGAUAUUUCCUUACCUACAGCAAAUGUACUAUUUGCUUCUUCUUCUGGAAGUUUGUUGUGAGGUUUUCUGCUAUGCUAGGUGGAUAGAGAGUUAGCUUCAAAUGGGAAAUCCCCGGAGAAGUUGAAAGGAGCUGGUUCCUUUCUUAUAAAAGUAUUUGGUGUUCUUGCAGGAAAUCGCAAUAUAGGAAAAAGGUUCUAUGCGUAUUGGAGUGUAACUUGUCAGUUGUUCAAGAUUUACUUUAAGCUGGGUACAGUUCAUCUUUGUUGUAGUGUGAUAAGAAGUAUUGAAAGGAGCACACAUAUUUGACUUCGAGGAAUUUCCUAAGAGAGAUAAGGUAAUAUUGAAAUAUGAUCUAUAUGCAAUUGUUGAUUCAAAGUCAUUAUUGUUCAGAAUGAGUAUAACACCAUUGAAUAUAGUGGUGAUACAGCUGCAAACCCAGUCAAUUAUAUUGCGAAAAUGGCGCAGAUUCAGUCAUUUCCAAGGUAUGAAGGAAUAUCAGCAACAAUAGGGCCGCUGCAAGGCCAUUUCACUGCUGGGCCGCCAAAUCUUACUUACAUGAGAGCUGCUCCUGAUGCUUUUGGUACUGCUUCACUUCCAAUAUAGCUUAUAGAAGUGUGUGUGAAUUGAGAUCCAAACCAGGUAUUUGCUAAACUCAAAACAACGUUGAAGGGAAUUGUUAGCUUUAAGAUAUAAAAACAUAUGCUAAUUUGAUCAGUGUCGUUCUUAGAAUUUGAUAGACACUAUCUUAGAAUUUUAGAAUAGAGUUGUACUAUUUUAAUUAACUAUAGCU